UUUAUCAUUCAUUUUUUUUUUUUUUUAUUACAAUAUUUUUUUGAUGCGCCAUUCGAAAAAAUCAAAAAUAAAACAACCAGCUGUUUUGUGUGUUAAAAGUUAAAACCGACACGAAAUUAUACAAAACAAAUAAAAACAACUUGUGGAAACCUGCUUUAGUAAAAAUGGAUUUUUUCGAAUUUAUUGGCAUUGUUACUGUUGCCUAUUAUCUUUUUUAUAUAAUUUAUCCUUGGUUUCUUGAUUGUGAUUUAAAUUUAUCAAUAAGAGAAACAUUUGGACAACCAAUAACAAAUUUACGUGGAAAAGUUGUAUGGAUAACAGGUGCAUCAAGUGGUAUUGGUGAACAUCUUGCUUAUGCAUUGGCAAAAGUAAAUUGUAAAUUAAUUUUAUCAGCAAGAAGAUUAAAUGAACUUAAUAGAGUCAAAGAUAAUUGUCUAAAAGCUUCUAAUGAAAUUCAAGAAAAUGAUAUUGAAGUUCUUGUUAUGGAUGUGUCUGAUGUAUCAAAACACCAAAAAUUACUUGAUCAUGUAAUCACAAAAUUUGGCAAACUUGAUAUCUUGGUAAAUAAUGCUGGACGUAGUCAACGAGCAAUUUGGGAAAAUAUUGAUCUUGAAGUUGACAAAGAAAUGUUUAAUUUAAAUACAUUUUCUAUAAUAUCAUUGAGUCGAUUGGUUUACAAAUAUUUUGAUAAAAUUGGACAUGGACAUUUUGUUGUAACAUCCAGCAUUGCUGGUAUAAUGGGUGUACCUUUUUCAGGUACUUACACUGGAUCUAAACACGCUCUUCAUGGAUAUUUUGAAUCUUUAAGAACAGAAAAAAUGAAUAAAAAUAUUCCAAUAAGUAUGAUUUGUCCAGGACCAAUUCAAACACCAUUUUUAUCACAAGCAUUUACAGAAAAAUCUGGCGAAAAAUUUGGACAAGAUUGUGAUGUUGCUAAAAAUAAAAUAAGUGGAGAACGUUGUGGACAUCUUAUUGCUGUUGCAAUUGCAAACAAGGUCAAUGAAUGUUGGAUUGCUCAUUGUACAACUCUUCAACUAACUUAUCUAGGAAAGUACUAUCCAAAUAUAGCUCAAACAAUAAUAUACUUAUUUGGACCACAAUUAUUUCAACGUCUUCGAGAUAAUAAAGUAACUGUUAAUGCAAAAUAAAAAAUUAUACUUGCAAACAAAUAAUACAUCAUCAGUCAUCA